AUGUCAGCUUCAUGAAAAACACACCCACACAAUGGUCUCAUGGGAAGUCUCUGAUCUAUUGUUGUUAUUUCCCCCCCAUCUUUAUUGAGUGCAAACAACCGAGAGUAUCAACACAGAGAGAAGCUCCCGUUGAGGAUUCAAACUGACUGAACGUUGAUAAACCAACGGGCAGACGCGGGGCAGCUCUCAUGGAUCGAUACGAUGAUUUGGAUUUGGAGUGUGAGGAAGGAGGCGUAGCUCAAAAAGCUGCGAAAUUUGGUGGGAUGUUCAAAAAAUCAUCAAAGUCUGCUGAACCACGUCUACAGUUACAGGACAGUUUAUCAGUCAGCAGUGAACUUUCAAAGAGCAGUGAUAGUCUGACUGACAACAGCAGCAAGGAGAAAGGAGGCGUAUUCAAAGGAGUGUUUAAGAAGACAACCAAAGCUAACAAAGACGGGCAGUCAGAGGUCUCCCUCUCAAUACAAAAUCCUGAACUGUCUGUCAGUAGUGACAGCUUAACAGACAACAAGUCAUCAAAGGAAAAAUCAGGUGUGUUUGGUGGGUUACUAAAACGAUCUCCUAAACCAGGACAUGUCCGGAGGCCUUCACAGGAUCUUUUGGACAACGAGUUCACAGCCAGUAACAACAGUCUGUCUGAGAACACCACAGCUAAGGAGAAAGGAGGGGUGUUCAGUGGGAUGUUUAAAAAAUCUAAGCCUUUUGGAGCAAGGGCCCAAUCUCAGGAGGAUUUGUCUGAACCCAGCGAGCUCUCAGGCAGCAAAGACAAUAUUUCUGUGAAUAGCAACACUAAGGAGACAGGAGGGGUGUUCAGUGGGAUGUUUAAAAAGUCCCCAAAGCCUUCUGAAGCGAGGGCACAAUCUCAGGAGGAUUUGUCUGCACCCAGCGAGCUCUCAGGCAGCAACGACAAUCUUACGGGGAAUAGCAACACUAAGGAGACAGGAGGGGUGUUCAGUGGGAUGUUUAAAAAGCCCCCAAAGCCUUCUGGAGCGAAGACACAAUCUGAGGAUGGUUUAUCUGAACCCAAUGAGCUCUCAGGCAGCAACGACAAUCUUUCUGAGAACACUAAGGAGAAAGGAGGACUCUUUGGUGGUGUGUUCAAGAAAAAAGGGGCCAAAUCUCAGUCUCAGGAUGAUUUGACCGUGGAUAGUGAACUCUCUGCCAGCAGUGACAGUCUCACAGAGAAGUCGUCAAAGGGUGGAGCUGCAGCGAAGAUCCUGAAGAAUCCUUUCACCUCAUCAUCUCAGGAUAAGGAAAAGACUGGACACUCAGGAGACUCAAGUGAGAACACCUCUACUGCAGAAAAGCCCAAAGCCAAGCAGAACGGAUUUAGUGCGAUGAUGAAGAGCACAUUCUCCACUGACAAGCAGGAGAAAAACUCAGACUCUGACAGUGAGGAGAUAUUGGACAAUGGAGAGAGCCAACCCAGUCACAAACAGAGUAAAUUUUCUGAGGCGAUGGAAAAGAUGAACCCGUUUCGAUCUGCAAACAAAAAGCAGACAAGCUCAGAUGACGAGGAGCCAUCCGAGAGCAGCGGGAAGUCAUCCGGCAAAAAACAGAAAGACGCUGAAGACACAGAGACUCUCAAGGAGAACGAGAAACAAGGGGAAGAGAAGCUGAAACCGGUCCCACGAGAGAGGAAGGAGAGAAGUGAAACUCCAAUGGUUCCACCCAGACCAACAGAAGAGGAGAUGAAGAGGACGUCCACACACGACAAAGUAAAAGCAAGAGGAACUGAGGAUAAUCAGGAUAACAAGGACAUGAUCUCCAGAUCUUCCAGACCGACAGAGAAGAGCCAACUGGACGACAAAGACCUCAAAGAUGAAUCAGCUGAAGCCAAAGAGGGAGACGAGGUGAACCCUCCGGAAAGCAAAACAACCAAGGUGAAAAAACCAAAGCGCCAUAAUCCAUUUAUGCCAAAUGAUGAAGCAAAGGCUCAGUCAGAUGAUGAAGGGCUGAAAGAGGAAGAGGAUUCUUCUUCUAAAGAGGAAACGAAAGAUGAAGAGGGCAAUGACAAAACACAGACCAAAGUCAAGAAACCUAAGAAACACAACCCCUUCAUGCCUCGUGGCAAGGGCAAAGGUUUACAGAGGAACGCAUGUGACGGAGCUGCAGGCGACACAGCAGAGAAUGAAGGUGGAGAUAGAUCUUUGUUUGACAGGCUGGAGGACUUACGUGUUGAUCCAUCACAGCCUGAAGACGGACAGGAUGUGGAGAACCUUAUGGAGUGGUGGAACAACGUGGAGUCUUGGGAGGACACGCCUCAAGAUGAUGACAUGACAGAAAAAGAAGAGGCCAAGGCGUUUGCUGUGACUGCAGAGAGAGUGCAGAAGGGCAUCCGUGUCUUCAACAAACUGUUCUCGGAGCGCGCUGAGAGCCUCUGGAAGCACGUCAUCGACCUCAACACCAUGGCAGACGGCCUGGACAAGUUCAGCAAGAACACAAAGAUCGCUCAGAUCACCGGCGGCUCUACCAGCGCCAUCGGGGGCGUGGCCACCAUCACCGGCCUCGCUCUGGCCCCGGUCACCAUGGGAAUCUCUUUGAUUGUGACGGCUGUGGGAUUGGGUGUCGCCACAGCGGGCGGUCUGACAUCAGCAGGUGCCAGCAUCUCCAACCAGGUCAACAACUCGAGGGACCGCAAGAAGGUGGAGAAUAUCGUGCAGGAUUAUCAGGAGAAGAUGGUCGACCUCAACAAGUGCCUGAAAUUCAUCAAGCAGGGUAUCGAGAACCUGAAGAGGUUCGACCUGAUCAAGAUGAAAAAUCACGCUUACAACCGUGACUUCCCCGUGCUCAGCACCAGCUUCUAUGAGGACGGCGCCAUGGCAGGAAAGGCCAUCCUCGUCAACGCAAAUGAGAUCAUGCGUGUGGUGCAGAUUGCCAACGUGGCGGGCAGCACAGCAGCCAGAGCGGUCCAGAUCGCCAGUAUGGCCACAGGUGUGCUCACCGGGCUUUUUGUAGCUAUGGACAUCUACUUUGUGGCCAAAGACUCCAAAGAGCUCAAGAAAGGGGCCAAGUCAGAGUUUGCUGCCAAAAUCAGGGAGGUGGCUACGCAGCUGCACGAAGGUCUGGUGGAGCUCAACGGGAUACGAGAGGAGCUGCAGUUCACCCCGUCAGAAAACACCGCAGGCAACGAUACACCUGCUGUAGACAGCGACAGCAAAGAGAAAGAAAAAGAGAAAGAAAAAGAGAAAGAAAAAGAGUCCAAAUACGACAGUUCAAGUGAAGAUGAAAUCGACCGCAUUAAGAAAGCCAUUAAAAAGGACUAUGAGAGCCGAGAAUAUCUUUGAAGAAACUUAAAAAAUGGAAGAGGCCUUAAAUUGUGUUCUAGUGAAAAAUGUUAAGUGUUUUUGAAAGUAUCAGCUCAAACUCUAGCAUACUGCUGCAUUGUUGGCAUCUAUGAGGUGGUCGGUGCCAACGUUUUAGAAAAAGAAAACUACAAUCAGGCCUGUUUUGUAUGAGGGAACUUCACUCUUGAUGAAAUACAGUAGUUUCUUAAAUUUCUGAACUUGAAUCUUAACAGCAUAUCCACUACUGAGAGGAACUGAGGCUUUGCUGUAGAUAAAGUAUCAUAUCUGCUUCUCUGGCUGCUGUGCCAAGUGAGAAACUGCCAUGUUGUCUUUAAGAAAACGAUUUAACUGCAUCAUGUGUUUGGAUAGUACAGUUUUAGAUGAGCUAAAUAAAUAGGUACAGAGCAUUUUCUAGAUUUUAUCAUUUAGACUUUAAAGCGUUACCUAGAGUUUCAUCAGUGUGUUGGUUCAUAUUGAAACACUUACUUAUCAGGUGUAGAGAUUGUGUAUACGCUUAGCGAAGAGUGCCUUUAUUAUUUACACUACCUUAGAAAUACACUGAUUUAAUGUGGCAUUAGUCUAUAUAUUUUUUGUUUGACAUUUUAAUAUAUAUAAUAUAUAUGUGCAUUCAUUGAGAAAUAUGUGUGUUUUAGAGAUGUCUAUCUUCCAGUUUAGGACGAAUGGGAAAUAUCUGAUCAUGCUAACCUAGCCAACGUUAUUUGGUCAUUUAGCAUAAGCUUUUGCCAAUUUUUUUGUAAUUCAUGGUAUACUGUGUUUCCUCCCACUUAACAUUUUUAAAUAUGAUUUUGAUCUAGUGCCAGGUGUGUUAACCAAAUGUCAUAUUAUCUCUAAAUCCCCUCCUGUAAACUGGUCAUAUGUUAGCAAGCUAACAUUAGCUAAGCUGCUGUUACACCGGUCAGUUACUGGGUGUAAAUAUUUACUAGCGACUAAUCUUUACAUGAGAAUCAGUUGUUGUGGACCCACCUGUUUUGAUUUAAUGAUGUGUAAUCUAUACUUUGUAAACACUUGGAACAGCUGGUGCAACAUAACAAACACAAACAUACACAAACAUAAAAACCUAAUGGGAGACCUGGUGGGAAGAUAUGAUGGUCAUUUUUUUCUUUCAAUACUUCCACUAGUUAAGUCUAAAGUUUUCUACCAUGUCUUCUGUCAUAUUAGAAGUUUUAAUGGUUUUGAAGUGCAAAAGUCUCUCCAUUGAUAACUGGAAUGACACAAGACAACAAGAAAAAAACAGCAAGGAUUGUGUCAACCUCUCCGGUUUGCCAUCUCCUUUUAUUAUUGCAUUGCUAUUUUACAGAAUGAUUUCAAAAUCAGGGUUUGAUAUGCAGGCUGGUCUGUAAGCACUGAUGAUGUCAGUUCUGUGGUCUGUUAGAUUAACCUCAUAUUUAUUUUUCUGGGUGGAGUUGUUCAUUCGAAACUACCUACUUAUGUGCAAUAUAUUGUAAAACUUUAAUAAAUGUAGAAUUGUAAAUUAAAAGGUCAAAGAAA